AUGCUAGCCAGUGUCGGCUCCCCUGCGGCUGUUGACAAUUUCACCAUUGACUUAACCCAUGGUCUUGGCCACAUGAUAGAGCUGGUCGAUCAGACCCAGCUACCAGUCCACGAAGAGUAUCCCAGGCUCGCCGAGUCGUUGGGCAUAAGCCUUAACGCUUUGAAGUCACUUCAAAGAGCUUGGACUAAGAGCUUCGACUGGAGCGUUGAGCAAGCUGCUCUCAAUAGGUACCAUCAGUACACAGCCACCGUCGAAGACAUCACAGUCUACCAUAUCCACCAAAAGUCUGGUGAUCCAAAUGCGAUACCUCUCAUUCUAAAUCGCGGUUGGCCUGGCUCUUUUCUUGAGUUUAUCCCGCUAAUCGACCCAUUGACGACGGUAUCACACACAUCAAGCGGGGAUACUGUGUCCUUUGACGUGGUGGUUCCUUCCUUGCCGGGUUACGUGUUUUCCAGCGUACCUCCAGUCAACUGGACGUUGGAUGACACAGCACGUAUCUUGAAUACGCUUAUGACUGAUGUCCUAGGAUACAAGGUGUUCGCAACUCAUGGGACAGACUGGGGCAGCGUCGUGGCAUAUAGUAUGUAUGAUAACUUCAACAUGACAGUCGGUGCAGCGCAGCUUUGUGCCAUACCCUUUCGUCCACUCAGCGAUGAUGAGAUUGCAGCGCGGAACAUCAAACUCGACCCGGACGCGCAAUUUCAACAAGAUCGACUCUUGCAAUUGGAGACGACUCGGUCCGGAUACAACGUGGAACAGAGUACCAAGGUCGUUGCCGAUCAUACAAGGGGAUCAAAACCUGCCUAUUCCCAAUGCACUAAUGCCUCAUCCAGCCUAACACCAUUGGCCUCGCAUUGUUUGAUAAUCCUGUCGGACAGCUAG